UCUCUCUCUCUCUCUCCCUCAGCUGUAGGGCAGAACUGUGUUUUUGAAAGAGGCCCCACCCCUCUUGCUCUGAUUGGUUGCUAUCCUCUGGCUGGGGCGGGGCCUGGGAGUCUGCCGUCCCUUGACUGUGCGAGGCAUUACACAAACACUCACACGCGCAGGCUCGAACACAUCUCUGUAGACAUACACAUACACAGACCUGAACGUUCUCUUACUCACACACUCGCACACACACACACACACACACACACAGAGGGAGUCACUGGCAGCUCCUGUCAGUGGACUGAAGCUGUUUAAAGCUGUUUCCUGCGGAGAUCAGUGCAAGGUUUAACUCCGCAAAGCUGCUGUUGAGGUCACAAACAGGAGGAUCAGGGAAGAGAAAGUGAAGGAGGACAGAAGAGGGAGAAAAAGAAGACAGGAGAAGAGGAAAAGCAAACUUAAGUUUUCACUUUGGGGGUCACGGAUUCCUCCAUUCUUUACUUUCUUUCUUCUCCUGGAGAGGAGAAUUAUUCGCGUGUCACUCCUUUCAAGGGACGAGAGAGGUAGAGAGAAAACGAGCGCGCGAGAGAGAGAGAGAGAGUUCACAUGACAUAAUCAGAGUGAAUGGGUUGCCAUGGUAACUGACACCGGCAGGCUGACCCUGGAGAAGUGGAUGUUGAAUGGGGAGAGAGACGCCGCGGAGAGCCACAGAGAGUAACGGGGGAGCCGGCGGAGAGAGGGAGCGAGGAGGCAGUAGCACAGAAGAGAGGAGGCAGCAGCGGGAGCAGGAGCAGGAGCAGCAGGAGGUGGAGGUGGGGGAGGAGAGCACAGCUCUAGAAUGGAGGACGGCUUUUCCAGCUACAGCAGCCUCUAUGACACCUCCUCGCUGCUGCAGUUCUGUAACGAUGACAGCGCGUCGGCGGCGAGCAGCAUGGAGGUGACGGACCGGCUGGCCUCCCUGGAGCAGCGCGUCCAGAUGCAGGAGGACGAGAUCCAGCUGCUCAAGUCGGCGCUGGCCGACGUGGUGAGGAGGCUCAACGCCUCUGAGGAACAGCAGGCCAUGCACACCAGGAAGGGACCCACCAAAGCUCGGCCAAUGAUGGCAGCCCUGCCCCUACGGCCCACGGUCAACAACGGCACUGUCUUACCAAAGAAAGGCAGCGGCACCCUCCCAUCCCCCUCAGGCUCCCGCAGGGAUGCCCCAGCACCAGCGACCAAGAGCUCAGCCAACCUCACCCACAGGCCUCCCAAAAGCACUGUGAAGAGGACGAGCUCCUCGGAGCACGUGGGCACCCAGGGCCGGAAGGAGAGCUCGGGCGACGCCCGGGGAAACAACCGCACGCGUGCCGGCUCCACCGGCAGCAACUCAAGCGGCAAGAAAGCCAGUGAGAGCAAAUUGAAGGAGCCGGUCUUCAAUGCAGGGAUGCGCCGCGUGACCCACUGCAAAGAAGAAGGGUAUGUCAAAAUGUAUUUGAAGGGACGGCCCAUCACCAUGUACAUGCCCAAAGACCUGGUGGACUCCUACUCCCUGGAGGCCAAAGCCGAGCUGCCGCCCAGGAAGCUGAAGCUGGAUUGGGUAUAUGGCUACCGGGGGCGAGACUGUCGCUCUAACCUGUACCUGCUGCCCACGGGGGAGACGGUGUACUUCAUCGCCUCCGUGGUGGUCCUGUACAACGUGGACGAGCAGCUGCAGAGACACUACACCGGCCACACGGAUGACAUCAAGUGCCUGGCUGUCCAUCCCGAUAAAAUCACCAUAGCGACAGGUCAAGUGGCUGGCACCUCUUCGGAUGGCAAACAGCUGGCUCCUCAUGUGCGGGUGUGGGACUCUGUGAGUCUGAACACGCUUCAUGUGCUGGGCACCGGAUUCUUCGACCGCGCUCUCGUCUGCCUGGCCUUCUCAAAAUCGAAUGGAGGCAGCACACUAUGUGUGGUGGACGACUCCAAUGAUCACGUCCUGUCUGUGUGGGACUGGCAGAGAGAGGAGCGCCUGGCUGAGGUCAAGUGCUCCAAUGAGUCUGUGUUCGCAGCAGAUUUCCAUCCCACAGACGCAAAUAUCAUUGUGACUUGUGGAAAAUCCCACCUGUAUUUCUGGACACUGGAGAGGGGGACACUUGUCAAAAAGCAAGGCCUGUUUGAGAAACAAGAGAAGCCCAAGUUUGUCUUGUGUGUGACUUUUUCAGAAAAUGGCGACGCCAUAACUGGAGACUCCAGUGGAAAUAUACUUGUGUGGGGAAAAGGCACUAAUCGCAUUAGCCACGCCAUUCAGGGGGCGCACGAGGGGAGCAUCUUCGCCCUGUGCAUGCUCAGGAAUGGCACGCUGGUGUCUGGGGGGAAGGACCGCAGGCUCAUCUCCUGGGACGGAAACUACCAGCAGAUUCAGACUGUCGAGGUCCCUGAGCUGAACGGGCCAGUUCGCACUGUUGCAGAGGGCCGGGGUGACAGUGUCCUCAUAGGAACCACCAGAAACUACGUUCUUCAAGGCAGCCUAGAUGGCGAGUUCAUCCCCAUAACACAGGGACACACCGAUGAGCUGUGGGGUUUGGCGGUUCAUCCACUGAAGCAGCAGUUCCUCACCUGUGGCCAUGACAAGCAUGUGUGUCUGUGGGACUCUCUCUCCCACCAACCCGUCUGGACUAAGACCAUGGAGGAUGCUGUCCAGUCUUCUGGAUUCCACCCAUCAGGUUCUGUGGUUGCCAUAGGAACGCAGAUGGGCAGAUGGCUUGUUCUGGACACUGAUACCAAGGAUCUGGUGACGGUUCACACAGACGGGAACGAGCAGCUGUCUGUGAUGCGAUUUUCACCUGAUGGUAAUUUCCUGGCCAUCGGAUCACACGACAACUACAUCUACAUCUAUGCUGUAGCUGAGAAUGGAAAGAAGUACAGCCGAGUGGGGAAGUGCUCAGGACACUCGAGCUUCAUCACACACCUGGAUUGGUCGGUGGACUCCCAGUACCUCGUCUCCAACUCGGGAGACUACGAGAUACUGUACUGGAUUCCAUCUGUUUGCAAGCAGGUGGUGAGUGUGGAGACCACCCGCGACAUCCCAUGGGCCUCCUACACCUGCACACUGGGCUUCCUCGUGUUCGGACUUUGGCCCGAGGGCUCGGACGGCACAGACAUCAACGCCGUGUGCAGGUCUCAUGAGGGCAGGCUGCUCGUUACCGGGGACGACUUUGGGAAGGUCCAUCUCUUCGCCUUCCCCUGCUCACAGUUUCGAGCACCAAGUCAUGUCUACGCUGGGCACAGCAGUCAUGUGACCAACGUCACCUUCCUGUUUGAUGACAGUCACCUGGUGUCGACUGGUGGGAAGGACAUGAGCAUCAUGCAGUGGCGGGUAGUGUAAGGCUGAGCCUUCCGCCAAGCAAGUACACAUACAGGAUAACCCAGGAGGAAAGCAGGGAGGGCCCCAGGACUUUUCUAGAAGUUUCUCCUGCGCAUCGAUCAAUGACAGGGGAUAGGAUGUGAGGGGAAAUAAAGACUUUUACAACAACCCCUGGUGGAUUAUAAUGGUUACUGCAGGCAUUGUCUAUCGUUAUAAAGUUUUUCUUUGUCGUUUGGUUUCUGUUGUUUGGAUUUCACAACUCAGGAAACCUUGUAGUCGAAGCAAAGCAAAGGACAUGGAUCUACAUGUUCUCUUUGCUUCCAGAAUGAAGGCUUCAGACUCCCUGACACCACCCCGCCUUGAAAAACAUCAACAACAACAACAACAAAAAGAAACUUCUUCCAUAAUAACCAAGUUCUAUGAGGUGCUACCCAAGCACCACUGUUUGGUGAAACCACAUCCGCUGGAAUUAAAUCAAUGUGUUACGUGUUGUAAACAUAGUGCAGUCCUGCCAUGCCUUUGUAAUUUUUAAAGACAUUUUGUUUUCAAAUAAAUGCUAGUUUCAGGGAUUGGUCAAACCAAAUAUCCCGAGAUGAGGGUGACAAAUGUGUUGUUUACGGUGGUGGAAAAAUGUGGUCGACACCGCCACCACCUGGCUGUUUGAGGGAUUGCACUAUAGCCUGUGAAUUCUCUUCAGUCCCACGCCCAAAUCUCCACACACGAUUUUUGUUUCCCUUCCCGCAAAAUAAGUAAAUUUAAUGACCAAGAAUGAAUCAUAAAUAUUUUUGUUCAUAAUUCAAGCAUGAACUUUUUAUUUUCAUCCACCAAAUUAGAAGUUGUUCUUUGCUAGUUUUUUUCUGCACCUGUACCUGUAUUUGUCUGAAUCCAUUUGGUUGAAUAUUGAAAUACAGAGCGGUGUCUUCUGGUUGAAGAAAGCCGAUUGAACAAUGCUUUAUGGUAAUUUGAACGAAUUCUGAGGGAUUCAGUUUUUGUAUAUAGUUUUUAUUUUAUAAAAAACUUUCACACCGAAAUUCACAUUUUGCCUACCCAACCCUUAUCGCCCUUGUUCUGGCACCUUAGAAUCUCCCUCAGUUUAUUUGGACCAUUCCUGAGGUUACAUAUUUGCCUUUCAAAAGUCAAACAGAGGCAAAUAAAGAAAAUAUUAACGACGAAUAAAUAUAUACCUUACUGUAAGAAGCUAUGGGAUCCUUCCUACAAAAAAGGGCAACUGUAAAGACUGCAAAUCACCAACGUGUGCAACUCACAAGGGUUACUUUUUCUGAUAAAGUUGUCUGAUGAUCUGUGAAAGCAUGCAUACUGUACAUUUAGUUGUAGCUUUUUCAUGACAUCACCGUCAGAUUCUUAUUCACAUCUCUGCUAUGCGUAUCAUGCUGAUGUAAGCUUGUUUACUGUUAAAAGAGAUGAAGCAAUGAUGGGUCCUUUUACAGUCUCAAACUGUUAGUUUGAUGGAUUUUAAUGGAUUUCAGUAUGGGAAGUGAACUGAAUGCAGGCUUUGUGAAUUUGGUAAACUAUACACUGAUUGGUUUUUGAGGAGUGAGAGACAACAUGGGUGAGGGAUGCACUACUAAUGAGAAUUAACACAGUAAUUGUGUUUGACAGUAAAAAAAACAACAAAAAAACCCAUUAAAGUCAUUUAACCUAAAA